AUGUCCCAAGCCAACUGGUCCCCAACUACCGGCCUGAACCUCUCGAAGAGUUUGCCCAAACAGGCACCUACCGCCGGCCCGCGUGCCAUGCACCCCUCCCCUCCGUCGUGGUCGACGAUUCCUGAAGGUGGCCAGACGCGAGUGGAGGCACGUCCUCUGCCUAAUCCGGUCAUGUUUGGCUCGCUGCAGGCUGAGCAUGUCCGGCCGUUAACACCGCUCCUGGGUCGCCCAAAUCAACGUGGGCAACAGCCCUCCGGCGUAAGCCCCCGAGGUCAGGGCGGCCAUUCGGUUCAAAGGAAUCAACUCAGUCUGCCAUCGCAGGUCCCUCCUACUCCGGCAGAGAACGUGAGACCGGUCGCAAUCACCCCGGGUCAGUUGCCUACGGGAGGCGUGUGGGCGCCCAAUGCCGUUACGCCCGACGGACGGGUGUCCUACUCCCACGACCUAGGGCAUCCUCCUUGGGGGUCCCAAGCCGACUACCACAGCAUGCAAGACUGGCGUUUUCGCCGAGUAAUAAGUGACGACCGCCUCGCGGUCACGUUUAAUGGGGUAUGUAAUGCAGCGCGCCAGCUGAACGGUCUGGACCACCGUUCAGACCCUCUCCCAUGGUGCAGGGACGGUGCAAAUCCAGCUCGCGAGGCACACGCCUCGGCGAGGUUCAACGUGCAUGUCUGCAAACAAGCCACCAGUGACUUGUCUGCAGGGGAGGAUGAAUGCCUUCGGCAUUUACUUGUGGAUUCCGAUGAGGAUGAAAAAACGCCAGGUAGUUCAGUCGAGCGAUUGCUUUUGGCCCGAAAGGGCGCUGAACCCACUUCUUCUGGUAGUUCAAAUACUCCAACCACCCCAACGCCUGCCUCGGGAAGUACGAGUGCCUCAACCGCGCAAAGCCUCGUGCGCAAAGACGACGGCCUUGACGAGCUGGAGGAGGACGUUGACCAUCCACCACUUCGUCACUUUCGAUUAAAGGCCGGAAAACGCUCAGCCAAUCGCCCCUCGAUGGGAUCCACCCACCGAUCUUCAGGGCCGCGCCAUCAGGAUCCCCCGGUUCUCUCGACGGCCGUCAUCGUGACACCCGCGCCACGUCGGCACCCGUUCCCACGUCUCACGUCCCCCGGUUCCAAUGCUUCUUCUGGGGACAACAUCCCGGCCUCGAAGCAGGUCCAUACACCGGCUUUGACCUCAACUGCGUUGAUUUCCCCAAUCAACACCGCAAAAACCACCGCCGUACCGCCAGACCUUGCCCCCGAAGACACUUCCCCAACGAAUCCUAUUACUUGGCAAUGGGAUCUCUAA